CAAAAUAAUAAUAUAUGUAUUUAAAUGAUUGUCAGACCUUUGGGUCUCACAGUCUCCUUUAGCUUUCGGAAGACGAACUUGGAAACUCCCGAACGUUAAACCCGAAGGUUUGGUAGUCAAAGAUUCAAGAUCUUCAGUACAUCAACACUCAAGACUUCAAUGCUAUCUUCUCAAUACAUGUAUUUAAAUGGUUAUCAGACCUUUCGGCCUCACAGUCUCGUUUAGCUUUCGAAGGACGAACUUGGAACUCCCGAACGUUAAACCGGAAUUUUUGGUUCUUAGAGAUUCAAGAUCUUCACUACUUCAACACUCAAGACUUCAAUGCUAUCUUCUUAAGAAUCAGAAUUUUGAAUAACACUUAGCUCGUCGGGUGAGCUUCAGCGAAGAGUCAAAAGGAGGUUUCUUCCAGGCUUGAUAACAUCCGAAGAUUAUUUUGACCUCAAUUGUAAGGCCUUGGCAUUUAGACCGAAAAUAAUCGUAUUUCCCCCCAGGUACCGCCUAAAAUAGAUAUCAGCUUCAUCACUUUCAAAACAACUCUACRCACCUUUAUUGACUGGGAAAAAAAUACGAUGUUCAAGCCGAAUUGUACGAAUGAUAACUCGUCGAGUACAAGAAUCGAAAACCAAACGGAUAAAGAAGUGUUGUCCGAAGGAGUGCUCGCUUUUUUGAUAUCAAUCCAURUCUUUUUAAUGGGAACAACUGUCUUUGGAAAUGCUAUGAUAUGUGCUGCAGUUUAUAAAUUCAGAGCUCUACGAACGCCUUCGAAUUUCAUUCUUGCUAGUCUCGCUCUCUCAGAUAUUCUUAUGGGAAUCGUAUUCUUUUGUAGACUUGUGAUUUUGACGAUUGGAAAACAUUUCGACUUGGCUUGUCACACGACUUCAGAGCUCGCUUUCACCGACAUAUGUAUAGUCUUACUUCAUUUAUGUGUCAUCAGCAUUGAGCGUCUCUUGGCAAUAAAGUACCCUUUGCGUUAUCCUUCAAUAAUCACAAAACCUAGAGCCAUUUUUAUUCUUUGUACGAUCUGGAGCAUAGCAAUACUCGGAACAGUUGUUAUUCCACAUCUACAAGGUCACGAAAUGGAAGGAAUUUUGGAAUUCCGUGAAGCGUUUCAUAUUUGCGUCUCUCCAGCACUGAAUGUCGAGCUCGUUGGACUUCGCAAACCUUAUAUGAUUUUCGUUAUAUCAUUUUAUUUCUACUUACCAUUCUUAAUCAUCGUAUUCAGUUAUGGUUAUAUCUUUAAAGUCUCGAUAGGACAAAGAAAACGAAUGAAACAUCUGCAGAACUCCUUCAAACGAGACACAAGGAGACGAAAUAUUGAAAUGAAGGCAGCGAAAACACUUGGGCUUGUACUUGGUGUUUUCACAAUCUGUUUUGUGCCUAUAUUCACUGGACUUAUCUAUCAGCAAGUUCGUAAUGAUUCACGCUAUUCUGCCGAAGUAAUGAGUCUGAUGCGAAUUUUAAGCCUAAUAGCUUCUUUUUCAGCUUGUGUCAAUCCUAUUGUCUAUACUUGGGGGAACUUAGAAUUUCGAAAAGCCUUUAAAAUACUCCUCACAUUUCGACGAAAAGUUCCUUUAGACGUAUCAGAAAAGGUCGCGUUUUCUACCACAGCUGGCUUAAUAACGAAUGCUCAAUCUUCGGGGCAAAAUAAGGUCUAAACUUUAUCUUAAUAUAAGAAUUAAAAAAAAGAAUGGUCUUAAAAAUCUUUUUGAAAAGAGAACGCUCUCGAAGGUGGUUAAAAAUUUUUUGUUCCCUCUUGGACCCUCUUGGACCAAGACCAAAAACUCUCAAAAUGUAGUAUGAAUAAUAAAAAAAAUAUAAUAAAAUGYAAAAUGCUUCAAAUUGACUAAAGAAAAUCUUCAAUAUUUAAGCUGUCUUUGAAUAAAUUAACUUGUAAAUUAAUAAACAUGUAAUACAUUAGAUUACUUGUUCCCCGUCUAUAAUGAAUAUUGGAUAUCGUAAUAAUUAUCAAGGCGCUUCCCCGCACAGCGAGAUAUAAGUGGCGCUCCAAAAAUAA